AUGGCCGCUCUCACGCCCAGCGCCUUUCUCAAGCUGGCGGAGGAUUCGGACGGCAGUGAAAAGACAGGAGAGAUGCAGAUGCUCGAGGUUUCACGCGAAGAGAUUAGGAAGUCUGUCCCGGCGGGAGCGCGAGGUCUUUCCAGGCUCUGCCACUCGCUUUGGGUCUGCUGGUAUUACUACGUUUACGAUCCCAUUGCGACUGGCUUCCGAUUCCUGCAUCUAGCAGUUAUCUUCAUGCCGGUCGUAGUGACCGUGCCUGUGAUAUGGCUUGGCCGGAAGGUGGGAGGCAACAGCAACGCGCAGUCCGGGACCCUGUGGUGGUAUCGCUUCUUGGUCAAGGCGAUGGAGCGUGCAGGACCUGCUUUUAUCAAGCUCGGACAAUGGGCCGCGUCCCGAACCGAUAUCUUCCCUCCCGAGAUGUGCGGUAUUAUGUCCUCUCUCCACUCAAAUGCUCCCGCCCAUUCCCUCCACGAUACUAAGCGGACUAUCCGAAAGGCCUUCAAUGGAUUGCCAUUUGAAGAGAUCUUCGAGGAGUUCCAAGAAGAACCUCUCGGCGUUGGAGCCAUUGCGCAAGUCUACAAGGCCAGGCUCAAACCAAGCUUGGCUAGCAGCAACCAGGAAUUGGGCCAAGGACCCAGCACCCUCGGCGAGAAAGUUUGGAAGAAUGUUGAUGUGCUAGUGAAGAGCUCACCUCAGCGGGUGCCGUCGUCUUAUGUGGCGAUCAAGGUCUUGCAUCCCCGAGUCGAGAAAAUGAUCCACCGUGACUUGCGGAUUAUGGGAUUCUUUGCUUCCUUGAUCAAUGCUAUUCCAACAAUGCAUUGGCUGUCUUUCCCAGACGAAGUCCAGCAAUUCGGAGAGAUGAUGAAACUUCAACUGGAUAUGCGGAUCGAGGCUACCAAUCUCGUUAUAUUCCGCAAUAAGUUCAAGUCUCGCAACACGGCUUGGUUCCCAUACCCCUAUAUGGAAUAUACUACCCGAGAAGUCCUUGUCGAGGAAUUCGCUCAGGGUAUUCCACUGGCAAAGUUCCUGGAUAUCGGAGGGGGUGUUUAUCAGCACGAGGUCGCAAACGAGGGCCUUGAUGCAUUCCUGCACAUGCUCCUGAUCGACAACUUUGUCCACGCAGAUUUACACCCGGGAAAUAUCAUGGUUCGCUUCUACCAGCCCAAUGAACUUGACUUGUCCCUUCGCAAAGAUACACGAGCCACAGAUGCCCCCACCCGGGCUGAGGUGGACGUAACGGAGGCCGUCCUUGCACGACUACGCCCACAUCUCAAGGACCGCGGGGCUUGGGAAUCUGCUCUUGCUCAAUUGAACGACGAGGGCUAUCGCCCACAGCUGAUCUUCAUCGACACCGGCCUCGUCACUGAGUUGAACGAUCUUAACCGACGGAACUUCCUGGAUCUCUUCCGCGCCAUUGCUGAGUUUGAUGGCUACCGCGCAGGCCAGUUGAUGGUAGAGCGUUGCCGCACUCCCGAAGAUGUCCUUGAACCGGAAAUCUUUGCACUAAAGAUGCAGCAUCUGAUUUUGAGUAUUAAAUCACGUACUUUUGCUCUGGGCAAUAUCAAGAUCGGCGACGUCCUCAGCGAAGUCUUGACAAUGGUUCGUGGCCAUCAUGUCCGGUUCGAAGGGGAUUUCGUGAACGUGGUUAUUUCCUGCCUUCUCCUGGAGGGCAUUGGGCGAAGCCUAAACCCUGAUUUAGAUAUUUUCAAGAGUUCUCUCCCUAUUCUCCGACAACUCGGCUCCGGUUCCACCUUCUUGAAGACGGUCCGCUCGGGCGACACCUCGAUGCUUCGAGUCUGGAUUGGCUUGGAAGCUCGCGGAUUGCUGCAGGCCAGCAUCGAGAGCGUAGAACAGUGUGUGAAGUACGACCAACUGUCGCCCAAUAUCUGA